GACGGGCCAGAGGUAGCCGGUUCUCAUGUUCGUUUGCUUGUUGUGUCGACAAUAAUCGGUUUGUUCAAAUUUGCGGGCGCGCGCGAACCCAUCUAGUGUAGCGCUUUAUCAAAGUGGAAUUAUGUUGUUUGCUGACAGACGCAAUUCGCGGAAUCGAUAAGGAUCCCUUGAGCUCCGGCAAAGGGCCUGAGUAGCAACAUUGAAGUGGCUUACUGCUUGUGUUAGUGUGAAUCCUUUCAAGUGAUUACAAAAAACCAAAUCUGGAUAGCCGAGUGCUUCAUAGAAAUGCAUUUGAGUGGCUACCUUUUGCGGCAUUGCUUGGAAAUAAAUCGAUGUGUUUAUGAUUUUGAGUUGAAUAUCUGUUAACAAUGGCUCUUCGUAUGGUGAUGAAACGUAUAUUAUCCGGAAUGUGUCACAACUAGUGAUUGAUUCAGCAAAAUUCGGCUUAUGGAUGUCAAGUUUGCUGUGAUAUUUUGUGCUGUAUUAUGAAGCCAUCGUCAGUGUCAAAUUUCGCUUGGGUACUCCUCUACUUACAAAUCCAGAGUGAAAAAAACGAAAAAGUGUUGCACUCUCUCAGCAUUUGCCGCCGCGACAAUGCGCAUUUUUCGCAAACAGUGCAACGCGCGUUAUGGUUAAGUGGCUAUUUAUUAUAACCUCAAAAAGGUUGACCGAAGAAGAAAACGAGUGGAAACAAGCUGAAGAGCCUGAAAUCGAUCGCGAGCGGCUUCUUGUGUUGUUUUUUUAAACGAUACCUUCGUGAUUGUAAUAUUCAUGUCAGUGUAUGUAUACAUGUGUAUGGCUUUGUGCUGUGACCUGCAAUGAGUAAUGAUGAUCGUCAACGGUGGAGUUCUUGGCAAUAGCUCUAUUGCUCGCGACGACGUCAUUGCACAAUAAAUCGAUAGGAGAAACGCCUCGCGGCAUACCGGAUUUUCAGGGCAGCAGCCACCGCCGAGAAACGGGGACACUGGAGCUUGCGCAGCUCAGCAACGAGGCCCAAAUUAUUCGUUUUAGAAAGUUCCAACGUAACAGUUCACCUGGUGGCAGCUCCCCCAUCCACCGAAGAUGUACUCCACCAACAGCAACCGAACGCAGCCUGCGGCCACUGUUGAGAAGCGUUCAACCGACAAGCAGCCAAACUUCAUCCAACGGUUCUACCUCUUCGGGACUAAUCCAAACACUAGUUCCAGCAGUAGCUCAGAUAGCUCCUGUAGCACACCAUCGUCUCCAACGUCCCCGAGUCCACCUUCAACUUUGCUGAAGAAAGCGAAAAAGAAACCGUUAGACGACAGCGAAGACGACCUUCCGUACCAUGCUCAAUCACAUCACUACAGCGUUCAACGGCUGAAGCAAUUCUGGAACAAUCGGCUCAGUCUAAGUUCACCCGGAUCCGCCUCAACCAGCGAAACCACCCUCUCCAGAAAACUCAAAAGUGUCACUCUGGGACCAUCGAACCCCUUGCGGAAACCAACAACUCCAGAAUUCCUCCGACGGAACAGUUCCUCCCGUGGAUCCGCGUCCCGUAGAAACAUAGUCCGAAGCAGCCUAGUCCCACUGUACUCCAAAACUGCCAGUCCGAAAGCAGCUCGCUCACGCGAAGUGGAUAAUGAAAGUUCCGCCACCUCCAAUCAGAAACGAUCGAGCGUUGUUCUAAGUCCGGUUAAGGAUUUGAAGAAGGAGAAACGGUCCUGCCUGGAACGGGUUGGAUGCAAUGCGGGAUUCCCUCUGGUAACGGCAACGGCCAGCGGAGGAAGAAUCAACUGGGCAAGGCGAGUUGAACUGCUUGGGAUACGGUCUCAAAAAGAAGACCCGAAAAUGCCGAUCAAGGUGGAGAACUACGUGAACAACUUCAUCGAGGUGGAUAUCCAAAAUGAGCCGCCACCGCUACCGACUUCGGAACCGCCGGAACCUGCGAUGGAAGAACAGCAGGACCCAGUAGUAAUUCCUAACGAAAAGGUAGACACUCCUCAGCCAAAACAGGGCAUGCGAGAUUCACUGGACAGUAAGAAGAGUGUGAGCUCAAACGAUUCACAGUCUAUUGGUCGGCGGCAUGGGACACCGACACGGAAGGUGAGCUUCCGAACGACGACCUCGCCUUACAACAGAAAACUGCUGCAUGCCAAAGAGAACAAAGUAAUGGCCCUGACGAACAAGUUCAACAAGAUGUGUCAGCAGGAUGCUGGGAUCUUGGAGGAGGUUCGGAAACGAGGAGGAUACUUUCACAAGUCCGGAAGUCACGUGUACAAGGUAAUCGACGGAGAAGGCAGUGUGAGAAAGAAGUCUAGCGCCAGCAGCGGCACCCGAACGGACGAGAGUUCGGAUGACGUUUCGGUGGGUAGCAAGGGUUCGUACAAAAGAGCCGGAGUAAAGAAACGGCCCAGUUUACGGAAGAAUCUGUAUCGCAAACCGGAAUGUGAAUCAGCGAACAGGACUUCGGUGUGCGUGAAGGAAGCACUGGAGAUCUUCGAACCGAACAGUAAUCAUUACCAAUCUGUAUCUCCUCUAACGGACAAGAAACCUCCGGCUGGUAGGGCCAAACCCAAGGUCCCAGAUAAAAGUGAUCAAGUGAUCAGGAAAACGAGGGAACUGAAGAAUAAGCGAGCGAUCCAAAUCGAUGCCAACAAUUGUGAUAGCAGUAACGGAGUAGUGGAGAUAGAAGUAGACAUGGUGCCAAAUAGUAUUAGCCAAGAUAGUAUAAGUAGUGAGAAUCGAAAUGAAAUUGACGGUAAUACUCAUGUUGUCGAAGAAGAAGUAGCAAAAUCGGAAGAUGUUAAGGUUGAAAUUGUGGAACCGGAUAAGCCUGAACGGGUAGUUGAUGAAUAUUCUGUGGUGAAGAAAAAGUCUGAGGUCGUGCAAGAAGAACUGGUGAAGCAGAAGAAAGACAAAAGGGACAAAGAGCCUGCCAAGAUUUGCAAAGGAGAAGAACAGAAUUCGCCUCCACCAAAGCAGAAAAGUGCCGUUCAAAGGAUCUACGAGAAAUUUGCAUUCCGAUCUGCGAAAAAGAUCAACCUGAGCAGUUCGGUACGAACGUCCAGUGAAUCGCAGUUGAACUCAAGUUUUGAAAGUGAAGAUCGAUUGCUGUUUGUUCCGGACAACAAGCUUACACGGAAGAACUUUGUCUCCUCGAUCGAGAUCCCUACGAUCCACAUUGAGGAGACGCAGGAAAGUAGCUCCGAUCACUCAGAUCGCAAAAUCGUCGACGCUAUCAAAUCCCUCAAUCUGAAGAUCGACAACCUAUCGAGAAGUUUCAAUGAUUUGACCAUUAAAGAUCCAGAACCGGAAUCGGAGCCGGAGCCUGCCAAACAACCGAAUAAUUCCUUCCUGUUCCGAAGCAUGACGAAGAUCAGCACCGGAGCCGAAACGGCCAUGAGUCAUUUGGAUAUCGUUCAAGCCGUCAACACCGUCGUGAUCAACAAGUCCAUCUCCAUGGAUGAUCACCACUUCCCCUGUCAAACGAACCUAGAUCGCCUCAGUCUGAACGAAAAGAUCCCUGUAGUUAUGGUAAGUAAAGCGAUCAGCGCGUCCGAAAACGACUACGAAAUGGUGUCCAGGGUUGAGUCCCCACGAAGAUCGGAAACCUCAUCUGUUUCCUUUCAUGGUAGCACCAUGAGCAUUGACCUCAUGGAACUAACCGCCAACAUCGACUCCUUCGUCUACAAAGCGAAGAACGCCGAGAGUUUCACCUACCAAACCACUACGGCUUCGGUCGACACGCCGACUGCCGGAAAAACGAUUCAACCUGACACCGCCAGCCUAAACAGCUACGAAUCCUUCGAAAACUACGAAUCCAUCGAUCGAACCAGCAGUCGAUCGAACCAGCAAGAUGAAGACACCUACGAAAUUUGCAACCCUCCGGAACCACUGCCACCGCGGAACGACACACAAUCUCCGAACGAUCUAGCCCUACCGCAACCGAAGCGCAAUCUCGCCGGAUCUCCAAAGUUCUUGCCGAAAAAUCAACCAACCUACCAAUCCAACUACGAGAAGAUCAAGUAUGACAAAACACCUCCACGCCCUCCAAAAUCGGAGGAAAUUCCACUACCGCCUCGCAACCCGGUCCCCAUGGAGCUGUUGAAUAAUCAUCGCGAAGCAGUUUCCACAUCUCCGACCCUCUCCGAGGAACCGAUCUACGAGGAAAACAUCUACGAUACGAUCAAGAGUUCGGACGGUUUGGAUUACGACGAUCCGAAUGGAAGUGCCGAAGCGGCGGUAAUCAAGCGACCGAAGCAUAACCUACCGGCCGAUGCGGUUUCAAUCAUAUCGUCCAAUUGCUACGAAUCGAUCGGGUCGAAGUUGUUGGCCAUGGACUACCUCAGGCAUGGAGGAGCGACUUUGCCGCGGAUGGGAUCGAUCUCGACACUGGCGUCGGAUCAGAUUACGAACAGCUUGUACGGGUGCAAUACCAAUGUAGGGCAGAGUUUGACUCCGCCCAGCGAGCGUGGAAGCGAUACCAGUAACAGUGCCGAGUGGACGGACAUUUCCGACGAUGAGGACGAGGACGAGAGUCACGGAAGGAGCAAUUUUAUCAUUGUGCGGAAGCGGAACAAGGUUCACCAAACGCCGGUCUGGUCCCGGAAGGUCCGCAACAAGCUGGCGUCACAGCAGCAGCAGCAAUUGGAGCGGGGCCAGCCCAAACAUGAUGACGAUUCCGACCACGUUUACGAAUCGCUAGAGUCGCACGGGCACUCACGUAUCAGUACUCCCUCGAUUAUCAACCGACGCGUCCCUCCUCCACCACCAUCAACUAACGGUACGACCGCUGCUGUAGUCGGCAUCGAUGACUUCAUCAAUCCACCUCGAGCAACAACCGAUCAACCCUUCCUGGAUGGCGUUGAUUCCGAUUCGUUCGAUAGCGACGAGAGUGACGAGGAUCGGAAAAACGAUCCCUACGCCCACCACAAUCCAACGAGUGAUAUCAACAGCGCCAAGCAGCUGCCAGAUCCACCCCCGCCCAACAAUCAAAUGUACGCCCUAAUGCAGAAAAUCCGCAGCAUCGGAACUCUGUCCAAGUCAGAGCUUGCCAAAGGCUUCAACAAAUUUUCGAAAAAGAAAACCAGCUCUUCUAAAUCGCCAAAGAUCUUCACCGGGGAAAACCUCACCUUCCCUCCCGGCCCGGACGAGUCUACAAACUACGAGAGCACUCCCCUCCCGAAAACGCCAAAAUCCAAAUCCAAAUCCUUCAAGCUACCCCUCCAGCUCGGAUCUUCCAGUAAACCCUCGUCGGACGAUUACGAAAAUACCGACUUCCAUCAAGCCGUAACUCCAACCUCCGUUUCGCCCAAUGGAUCCGCCCUAGCAUCUAGUCCCGCUUCGGAACAAGCGGACCGAUCCAUAUUGGCCAGUAUCAGCAACAGCGACUCCAGCAAUGUGUCAACUUUCCGAAAAAAGUCCAAAAGUGGAAAGUCUCUCCGCUCCAAACUUCGCAAAAGCCUCCAAUCAGAGUCUAGUCUCAACAUCGGUAGCUCGUUCAACGGAUCUCGCAGCACCUUCUACGUGACGGACUCGCUUGACGUUGAUUCGGGGAUCUUCAACGGCAGUGAACCAAACAGUUCAUCAUCGAAUCUAAAUGUAGCCUCCGUGGGUAAAGACACCCCGUCCCCACAGAAGCUCUCCAUCCACAAAACCCCGGAUGCCGAUCGACGAAAGUCCUUGAACGGAGGAAGCCCCGCUAGUCGGCCCACUAUUCCACCUCCACCGCCGCCUAUCAGUGCUCCCGGUGGGGAUAAAAAGUUUCUGAAGAACCGGAAACUGGGCGCCACCUCGUGGUACGCCGAGUGUGGAGUGUUCAAGGCAGAUAGUCUCAAGCAAGCGGCUUCGUUCGAGAACGAACUGAAAAACAAGGAGCGCAGCACGACGUCCUGGUAUGCGGAAGCCGGUCUGUAUCAGACCAGUGAUGUUUCUGUUGCGAGCUCAAGUGAAAGUUCCGGUGUGUCGACGGGUGGAGAAGGAGGUGGAGAGGACGACCAUUCACAUAGCAUGUUUGUCAAUGAACCACUGUACCAGAUCUACAACGCGGCGAAGUUGGAAUCGUUGACGCGGGAUAUCGAUGCGGAAAUUACCGGCGGUGACACGGAGCUGUACGACGAUGGGUACGAGAAGAUCUCCGGCCACGGGAAGGACGAGCUGGGCGUGACCGGGAUGGUGGGUGGUUUCGGCGACGAGGACAUUGUGAGUCGAAAGCUGAGGCCGAGCGCGUUCGAGCUGAUCGAGCCGAACGUGGGCAAGCUGCGGACGCUCUGGUGCGAGAUUCCGGAGGUGAUCAAUUCGGAGAUUUUGUUAACCCUAACUCCGACCGAGAAGCGCCUCCAGGAGGCCAAAUUUGAGAUCCUCACAUCGGAAGCCUCGUACCUCAAGUCGCUGAACCUGCUCAGGUCCCACUUCAUCAACCAUCCGGCCUUCCGGGACGUCAAGGUCCUUACGUCAUCCGAGCGGAAGACGCUCUUCGCCAACAUCAUUCCGGUGCAGGAGUGCUCCGAUCGCCUUCUUUGCGAUCUGGAAAACUGCUGGCAGGACAACAUCAUGCUACUCGGACUCAGUCACAGCAUCUACAAGCACGCCGAGAAGCACUUCCACGUGUAUGUCAACUAUUGCGAGCACCAGGCGAAAAUCGAUCGAUCUUUGAAGAACCUCAAGGCCAACAAACCCGAAUUCAGCAAAACCCUUCUGGAGCUGGAGUCGGAUCCGAUUUGCUGUGGCCUAAGUCUGUCCUCGUUUUUGAUGCUUCCAAUGCAACGGAUAACUCGGAUGCGGCUGCUGCUGGAUGCGGUUCUCCAACGACUUAAAUCGGAUGACGAUGAGUUUGUAAGUUGGGAGAAGACUUAUGUACUGAUCAAUCAGAUCCUGAAGCAGUGCAACGAUGCGGCCCAUCGGAGUGAGCAGAUGCACGAGAUGGAGGUGAUUUCGCGGCAGAUUGAGUUCCCGUCGCACAUCCGACCGCUGGCGAUUGUGCCCUGUGGCAUCGGACCACCGGGCAGUGUGAUGCGGAAGCUGGAGAAGAAGGGCGAAUUGGUACAUCUGCUGUGGCGAGGAGACGAAGCCAAGCUGACGUUCGGCAAGAAGUUCAGCAAGAGCAACAUCUACGCGUUCCUGUUCACCGAUCUGAUUGUGUUGACCAAAAAGAAGGGAGACGAAACCUUCCUAGUCACGGACUACUGUCCACGUGCCCUCCUGUCGGUCAACUCCGGCGACAUCGUGCCGCAGUUGCCGACUAAGGAGAUGCACGCCAUUGGAAAACACCUGAUCAUCAUGACGUUGCUGGAGAACCACGAAGGAAAGACCAUCGAAAUGAUCAUCAGCUGCCCAUCGGAAACGGAACGCGAACGGUGGCUCAAGGUGACGGAACCUCUGUCGUCGGAGAAUCCCGACGAGAAGAUCUAUGAACAGUGGGACUGCCCUCAGGUGGUGGCUAUCCAUCCCUACCACGCACUGCAACCCGACGAACUGGAUCUGGACAUUACGGAUGUCGUAAACGUGCAUCGAAAGAUGGCUGACGGCUGGUACGAAGGGGAACGGAUUCGGGACGGGUCUGUCGGAUGGUUUCCCAGCAACUACACCAAGGAGAUGCCGUCGGCACACGUCCGGGCCAAGCACAUCAAGCAACGCCACAUGCUGCUGUCGUAUACGUCCAAAUAUAUCGACACAACAACGCGGACACUGCAGCACAGCAAAAAGUGAAAUACCUA